UGUCGACGUCGCUGAGCCUGCCGCCGCCGCCCGCUCUUGUGGCUCUCUUUCUCCCAUUGAAGAAAAAGGCGGCGGAGGUGGCGGCAGCAGCAGCGAGGACGCUUUGCUCGGUGGGGUCGAUACAGCAGGGGGAAGGGGACCCACGCGGGCCCCCGCCUCCCUCGCGGUGUUGUGAGUGCGUGUGCGCGCAGCGAAUAUGGCGGCGGUGGUAGGAGGGCGAGCCGGUUCCUUUCGUUCCUCUUCUUCGCCAGGGAUGAGUUCGGGCUACGGGGCUGCCGCCGCCGCCUUCGCCACAAAUAACAGCAGCGGUGCGGACACGCGAGCGGGGGUGGACGAGGACGAUGGGCAGAAUCUCUGGUCCUGCAUUCUCAGCGAGGUGUCCACUCGUUCCCGAUCUAAACUGCCUUCUGGGAAAAACGUUCUGCUGUUGGGUGAAGAUGGAGCAGGUAAAACUAGCUUAAUUGGAAAACUUCAGGGAAUUGAGGAAUACAAGAAAGGAAGAGGAAUGGAAUAUCUGUACCUAAAUGUUCACGAUGAAGACAGAGAUGAUCAGACAAGAUGCAAUGUAUGGAUAUUGGAUGGUGAUCUGUACCAUAAAGGGCUGCUCAAAUUUGCAAUAGAAGCCACCACUCUAAAGGAUACUUUAGUUAUGCUGGUAGUAGACAUGUCUAAGCCAUGGACUGCUUUAGAUUCUCUACAAAAGUGGGCAAGUGUUGUAAGAGAACAUAUUGACAAAUUAAAAAUUCCUCCUGAAGAAAUGAAAGAAAUGGAACAAAAAAUUGUUAGAGAUUUCCAAGAAUAUACAGAACCAGGAGAAGAUUUUCCAGCUUCUCCACAGAGGAGAAAUACUUCAUUGCAAGAAGACAAAGAUGACAGUGUUAUUUUACCUCUGGGUGCAGAUACACUAACAUGUAACUUAGGCAUUCCUGUAGUAGUAGUUUGUACAAAGUGUGAUGCCAUUAACCUUCUGGAAAAAGAACAUGAUUACAGAGACGAGCACUUUGACUUUAUUCAGUCAUACAUCCGACGGUUUUGUUUACAGUAUGGUGCAGCACUUAUUUACACUUCAGUAAAGGAAAAUAAGAAUAUUGAUUUAGUGUAUAAAUAUAUUGUCCAGAAAUUAUAUGGUUUUCCUUUCAACAUACCUCCUUUUGUUGUGGAAAAAGAUGCCGUAUUUAUUCCUGCAGGAUGGGACAAUGAAAAGAAGAUAGGAAUAUUACAUGAGAACUUUCAGACUUUAAAAGUCGGUGACAACUUCGAAGAUAUUGUUACAAAGCCACCUGUCAGAAAGUUUGUACAUGAGAAGGAGAUAGUAGCAGAAGAUGACCAAGUAUUUCUUAUGAAGCAACAGACUCUGUUAGCCAAACAGCCACCUUCUGCAGCUGGAAGACCAGUGGACACCUCACCAAGAGUCCCUGGAGGAUCACCCAGGACACCAAAUAGAUCUGUAACCUCCAAUGUUACCAGUGUUACGCCCAUCCCUGCUGGAUCUAAAAAAAUAGAUCCUAGUAUGAAAGCUGGAGCCACAAGUGAGGGGGUAUUGGCAAACUUUUUCAACAGUUUGCUGAGUAAGAAAACUGGAUCACCUGGUGGACCUAGUAGCAUUGGUAGUCCAGGAGGAGUAGGGAGCACUGGAAGUAGCAGCAACAGUAACCUGCCACCAUCUGCAAAAAAAUCAGGGCAAAAGCCUGUCUUGACAGAUGUUCAAGCUGAAUUGGAUAGAAUCUCACAAAAACCAGAUCUGGUUUCUCCAACAACACCUACAUCUCCCACAGAAGGUGAAGCAUCUUGAAGACACCAAAUAUAGCCAUUUAUUCAGUUCUUUGGGAUAAUUUAAACUUGACUCUGCCUCUUCAUUCAAUGACUGGAACUGGGGAACUGAAACACUUUCAGAAAAGGACAAGCAGAUGAUGUCUGUUGUGUCGCUCAACAUUGUAAAAGGGAAUUGUAUAGAUGAAAAUUAUUACACAAUAUAAUAUUGCUAUUCACAAUUCAAUGUGACAUUCAGAAGUCGCUUAUUCCUGAAUUUUGUUUAAAGUCAGUGCCAUUCUCUAAAUUUGAAGGUGUCCAUGUAAUCAUUUGAAAUCAAAAAGCUGCUUGAAGAGUUGGCAAAAUGAUAUGCAAGAAGCAUGGGCACUUAGUUUAUAUUGAACUCCCCUUAGCUUAACUCAGUUUUACAAAUCCUCUUGGGGAAGGAUCUACUAGUUUUGUUGGAGAAAGGUUAAUCAACCAUUGUUCUUUUGUGCACCAUCAAUAAACUAAUUCAAAUAAAAUUUAACACUUCAUUUGGAAUAUGACUUCAGAUUAUGCUGAUCACAUUUGAAAUUUAACUGUAUUAAACUGUUUGAACUAAAGAGUAAUACAGUAUUGAGGAUUCAGUUCCAAAUAUUGGCAUGGGUUUGAAUCACUUUGGGAUUCUAAAUUUCUGAAAAGUAAAUAGAAAAAGUACAUGUGACCAUUACUCUCAAAUUAAUGAAAAUAAAUUCCUUAGAUAUGUUUUA